AUGAGAUUCUUUGAAGCUGGGCCCAUGCGAAUAUUAGUAUUGGUUCUAAAGAGUCGAUUUAAUAAUCGCAGAGAACCGACCCCUUUCAAAAUGGUUGACGAACCAGUAUCGGAGGGCAUAUUCAAUUUCACCAAGAUCAAACCAAAUGAAACCCUGUUUCAUUUAAACUUUAAGGAAAUUGAAGAUUGUGAUGGGAAAAUUAUUGCAAAUGCCAGUCCAUUUGAGUUUUGUCACUCCCUUAUUGUGCCGAAUUGUGAUAAGCUAUAUAAUCAAGUACUUAGGAAACUUCCUCUUCAUUUAGCCCUGAAAGUUAUGCUCCUCUCAGCCACUGAUUAUUUGUGUCUGGGUUUCAACAGCCUUCUCGCCUACGCGUCUGUCAAUCAUCUACAUUUCCAUCUUUGGUAUUCAACUCAUCGUCUUUAUGCCUCUGUUUGUCCCACUCGAAGGAAAGAGUGCUUACCGCACUACAUGGAAUUGGAUUUUCACCCUGUGGAUAAUUUCGUUUUCGAGUUUAACUCGGACAAGGACUUUCAGACGACCUUUGAACGCCUAUGGAAAGUGAUAGAAAGGUGCCAAGAACUACAAAUAGCUCACAACCUCUUCGCUGCAAGGAAUGCGUCUGGAGUUCUAAGGGUGGUGUUGUGGCCUCGACGCUCGGCAUUUGAACCAAAGGCUUGUCUACGACACUUGUCGGGAGAACCUCCUGAAUCAUCUUCAACAUUAGCUGAUUUUGACGUCGCCGUUGCUGAACUCGCCGGUAUGCUUGUUGUUCCUGACGCUUCAACAGCCCAAGAACUGACCUCCUCUCUUGAUCGUCUUCUUGAAGUUUACAUGAAGGAGAAAUUGGAGAAGCACCUGAUGUCCAAACUUGAAAAGGCUCUUCAAUUAUUGUAG